AUGGACCGGCACCUGGUGGCCCGCAUGGACCGGCACCUGCUUUGCCACAGCGAGCUGUCGGCGAAGGCUCGCAAGAAGGCCUUCGCCGACAUCAAGAGGAAGAUCAUAAUUGAAAAGCUGGCUGCCCUGAGAGCCGACGGGCCUGUGGUGCCGAUGGUGUCGGCCCUGGACCUGCAGGAGGAGGGAGAGCAGGCCGGGGAAGGAGCCGUCGGUGCCGCCGCCGCCGAGGAGGAUCCGCCCUGUGGCUCCGAGGCCUGCGUGAGGCGGGAGCAGCGGCUCACUGAAAAGGUGGUGGCGCUGCAAAACCAGGUUGACUCCCUUACAAACACGCUGCAGGCCGUGACCCGCCGGUGCAAGCAACUCUUGCGCCGGCGGACCCACAAGUCUGUGGUGGACUACAAGGGGGUCACCAGAAAGCUACUGGAGGCCCUGGAGUCUCCCGCUGAGGAGGAAGAGGCGGGGCCGUCAAAGGCGCAAUGCGUGAGAGGGCAAGAGCCAGAGCAGGAGCUGGAGCUGGAGCCCGAGGCCCCUCGAGAGCCCGAGGCCCCUGGAAGAUCGGAUCCUGUAGAAGACCGAGCCAUGUACCCGGAGAACAACGCGGUCCUGAACGAGCUCCUGGAAGAGUUCCGGAGGCACCAGCAGGGCCCGGAGCCGAGCAGGAAGCUCAAGGAAAACGUGGCUGGCAAAGUAUACAGGAUCCAGUCUUUCAUCGGCCACAUGGCCGAGGGCAAGGGGCGCCUUUCCACGUUGGAGUUCCUCCACGACCCCGAGAGGAUCAGAAAAUGGCUGAGCAGCUUGAGGUCGUAUAAGGUGGCCGAAACAACCUUAAACCACUACCUCCAGAACGCUGCUCAGUUUGUGAAGUACGUCUCGGAGACCCCCCCUCCCACGUCCCGCCUGUCGAAGAGGGCCCAGCUGGCCAUCGGGCGGGAGCUGAGGGGCCUGAUAAAAGGCCUCAAGAGGGGGGUGGUACUGCACCAAAUUGGGGUGAAGCGGGCCAAGGAGGGCCGGCUGAUCCCCAAAGAGGUGCUGAGGAAAUGCCGCUCCGAGGCGGGAAAGCUGAUCCCGGAGCUCCUGGACCAACUGGAAAGAGACGGGCUCCAAAAGACCCAGUUCCUGCUUUACGGGCACUUGACCGCCUACUUCGCCUCUAUCUAUGGUCACAGGCUUGGUGUCUUCCAAAACGUGACCAUAGAAGAGGUGGAGAAGGCCGUCAAGUCGCCUAGCACCGGGAAUCACCUCAUCAACAUCACCUUCCACAAGACCAACCAGGCGUUCGGCCCGGCGAAGCUGUCCCUCACGCCGGAGGAGUACGGUUGGUUUCGCCGGCUGCUGGCGAUGAGGGACAGACUGGUCGGCGGGCCGGACGCCGUGUUUUUCUUUUACACCUCGACACCCAACCGCUGCAAAAAUCUAAUUAUUUUCAGGCGGCUUGGGUGUCGAUGGGACUUCCGGGGAAGCCCACAUUCACAGACCUCCGGACCUCCAUCGCCACGCACGCCCAAAACACACUGAGCUCGAAUAGCCGGAGCAAAGUCACCCAGUUCAUGUGCCAUGACACGUCGACGGCCGACAAGUUUUAUGCUAUGAACUUGUCGGCCAAUCAGGCCAUGGAGCACCGCCGGCUGUUCGAGCAGGCGCUGAGUGGGGUGGAGG